AUGACGCCCGAGACACUCUACGCCGACGCAGUUGAUGUGACAGCCUUUACUCAAGCAGUCUUACAAUCAAUUGGCCUUUCCACGGAACAUGCUACAACAAUGGCAAAAUGCCUCGUGCAGGCAGACUUCAGAGGCGUAAGCUCGCAUGGCCUUGCCCGAUUCGAGCAAUAUAUCAUCCGGGCCCAAGGCAAUCACGUCAAUACGAAACCCAACAUCAAGAUACGCAAUGUCACGCCCGUUGUGGCGCAGGUCGAUGGUGAUAACGGCUUUGGCUUUGUGGUCGCGAGUGCUGCCAUGGAAGAAGCCAUUCGGCGCGCCGAGACGUAUGGCAUUGCAAUCGUCACGGCUAAGCGAUCGAAUCACUUCGGAAUGGCCGCAUCGUAUGUUCUUCAGGCGAUUGAAGCGGGGAUGAUGGGGCUUGUUUUCACCAACUCAUCGAAGACCAUGGCUGCUUUUGGCAGCAAGGAACCACUGCUGGGCACCUCUCCCAUUGCUGUUGGGCUUCCCUCGGCCAAUGAGAUCCCAUUCAUCCUGGACAUGGCGCCUUCUGUCGUUGCCAAAGGCAAGAUUAGAGCAAAGGCGCUCAGAGGACAAGAGAUUCCUGAGGGGGGGGCUGUAGACGAAGAAGGGCAAGCUACGACAGAUCCCGUAGCCGCUCUGAAAGGACUGGUUUUACCCAUUGGUGGGCCCAAAGGCUCUGGUCUUGCGAUGCUGAUGGACAUCAUGGCGGGCGUACUCUCCGGCGCAGGGUUCGCCUGUGGCGUUGGUAGUUGGUACACGGAUUCGCGAGCGCAAGAUGUCGGUCAUUGCUUCAUUGUACUAAAGCCAGACGCGUUCCUAGAGCCUGGGGAGGUGCGACAAAGGAUGGACACAUUCGUGCACAAAGUUCAUACGAGUACUCCUGCCAAGGGGUUCCCGGAAGUUUUGCUCCCAGGCGAGCUUGAAUUUCGCAUGACAGCGAAACGUCAGAAGGAGGGAAUUCCGGUCGACAGCGCUCAGAGACUCAUGCUAGGUCGUGUGGCUCAAAGCACCGGUGUGUCGCCUCUGAAGUAUUCGCAGUCGGGCAAGUCUCUCCAUUGA